AUGACCGACGCAACUCAACAGACGACUCCCGUUGGCCGGAUUUCUUUGACUUCGAGCCACGAGACUACCAAGGAGCCCAUGGUCGCUCCUGCUGCCGAACCCAAAGGCGAGGAAGAGGGCCUGUCCAAAUUCAGGACCGCGCUGAUCCUCACCAUGUCCAUCAUGCAGAUGUUCUUGGUGGCGCUUGACAAGACCAUCAUCGGCGUAGCAUUGCCCUCGAUCUCGAGCGAGUUCCAGUCUCUGGGUGACAUUGGCUGGUACGGUUCGGCCUACAUGAUGACCACCGCGGCUCUGCAGCUCGUGUGGGGACGCAUCUAUCGCUGCAACCCGGUCAAGCCUGUCUUCCUUACCGCCGUCCUCAUCUUCGAGAUCGGCUCGGCCGUCUGCGGUGCUGCGCCCAACUCGAACGCCUUUAUCGUUGGCCGGGCCAUCGCGGGUGCCGGAGGCGCAGGCAUCACCAACGGCCUCAUCUCCAUCAUCAUGGCCAUCGUCCCGCUCGACAAGCGCGCAAACGCGAUGGCUAGCGUCGGCGCCAUCUUUGGUGUUGCGUCCGCCAUGGGACCGUUGCUUGGCGGUGCUUUCACGCAGAACGUCUCGUGGCGUUGGUGUUUCUACAUCAAUCUGCCCUUUGCCGUCGUCGCAGUCGUACCGGUCAUCUUCUUCCUCGAUGGCAAGAAGACGGCGGACAAACACAAGACGAUGCUGCCGUUCAAGCAACAGAUCCGCCAGCUCGACCCCAUCGGUGCCGUUCUGGUGCUCGGCAGCGUCGUCAGCUUGAUCCUGGCGUUGCAGUUCGGCGGCGCGGCUUCGUCCAGCUCGACAUCGACUUCGUGGGGAGAGCCGCGCGUCAUUGCGCUGUUUGUGGUGUUCGGCAUCACUUUGCUCGCCUUUGUGGCAUGGCAGAUGUACAUGCAGGAUCGUGCUUUGCUGCCGCCCAAGGUGUUCACCCAGCGAUCGGUGCUGGGUGCGUUCUGGUACAUGUGGUUCUUCGCCGCGUCGAUGACCAUCAUCUUCUACUACCUGCCGCUCUGGUUUCAAGUAGUGCGGGGAACGACCCCGAUCGAGAGCAGCUAUCGCACUCUGGCAUCCAUCACGCCUUUUGUGGUGUCGAGCAUCGUUGGCGGCGUGAUCGCCAAGAAGACGGGCCACUAUGCUCCGCAGAUGCUGAUCCCACCCGUCGUCGGUGCGGUGGGUGCAGGACUGAUCACCACUUUUUCAGCGUCGACAUCCGAAGCCAAGUGGGUGGGAUACCAGGUGCUGUACGGCAUUGGCAUGGGCUUCGGCAUGACCAGCUCCUCGCUCGCUGUACAGGCGGCGCUGCCACCGCUCGAGGCAGCGUUGGGCAUUGCCGCUUUGAUGUUUGCGCGCGAGAUGGGCAGCGCUAUCUUUGUCGCAGCGGGGGAGAAUCUGCUGUCGAGUCGGCUCGUCAAAGGGCUCGAGCAGAUCCCGCAGCUCCACGGCCGUGGCGCGCAGCUUGCUCUGGCCGGUGCUUCGGAGCUGCGACACGCAGUCGAUGGUUUGGGGGCCGAGGUGCUGGACGAGGUGAUCAAUGCCUUCAACGUUGCGUUGCGUCACGUCUGGUACCUUGCCCUUGCUCUGACCGUCGCUACGAUCCUUCCGUUCCUGCUGAUCGAAUGGCUGAAUCUUAAAACUGUCGCCAAGCAGCACGCCGACCAGGCCGCGGCUUUGAAGGGACCGACUAAGGAAGUCAAGAAGGAGGUCGAAGAGGCUUGA